AUGACAUAUUUUCUGCAGCCCGCUGGUGCAUCCAGGGGCUCACCAUUAUUCCUUUGUCUUCGUAUUGCUGCAGCUGGCCAGCUGGGGCCUCUUGUAGACCCCCCGCCGACCAGCCGCAUUCCCAUUCCUUCUCAACUGUCGAUUAAUACAAAAAAACCCCUUCAGGCCGAACCAGAGUGUCAAGUUGUCGGCAGGCUGUUGCUGGUCAAGACUGGCGCUGCCAACGAGGCCGCGGGUAUCAGCCGCUGGAAUCUACCCUUUCGAAAGGGGUUAUGGUCGCAAGGUUGA